AUGGAUCAUGCGAUGAUGGCCUCCGCUGCUGAUUCUCCGCUCGGGCGGAUCCUGGUGGAGGAGAUCGCGCCUGUGGUCAUGGUACUCUCCACCCCGCUCGCUGAGCAAGCCUGUCGCAAGAACGGGUUGGACUUCGUGCAGAUGCUCCGCCCCUUCUGUUUCUUUGAGAACAUUGACGGUGUGUUGCCGUCCAGCUUGAAAUAAAUUAUGGAUCUUCAUCGACACGUCUAUCAUCUUCGCCGUCCAAAACGUCUAAUCUUCUUCGGCGAUUUCAAUUUCCUUUCAGUACCCGUGCGCACGGCCAGCGACCAGCCCUACAGACUGCAGGAGUUCAUUCUACGGGUAUUUUAUGCUUCCGACGUGCGCAAACAUAGUUCUGAGGUGCGCCGGAAACCCGAUCUCUGCAUCCAUUCAGCUCCAUGUUCUUUCCUCGAGCCUCUCUCUCUCCAUCUGUUUCCACUGGCUGUAUAAAUGUUUAUGUUCAAUUUGGAGUAAUAUGUGAAAGAAAAUGAGAGAAUGAUCUGGCUACAGAUCUCUGUUCUCUAUGAUUUAUGGCCUCAUAUUCCUUUCUCAAAGCUGGAUAUUCGGUAACACGAUUUCACGCACGAAUUACUCUCACGGAUUGAUUCAAAAUACUUGACGCAGAAUGCGUAUCCCUGCUGAUUACUGUCAUACAUUGCUUUGAUUUGCACUUGUUUACUUUACUCUUAAUGACCUUUUUCUGUUCUUUUAGUGAUAAAUCUUUUCCUUUUCCUUGGUUCGUCUGAUGCAAACAUUUGCAACGAUUGAAAUCAGUAAAAUUGUGAUGUUCACUAGCUAUACACAAUUUCACCUUCCCAGGAAUGAAAUUAUGCAAUGGGGAAGUCCGAAAGGUGGUUCAGUGUGAACUUCUGUGGAAUGGUAAUAUGCCAUUGAUCGUUUCCGCAAUUUUGACUAACAUAUCAACCGCCAAGUAAAAUUUACAUGCUACGAAAGGCCAUUCAGAAAAUGCAAGAACUAAUAUUGGGUGCAUUUUCCGUAUUAAAAAGAUCCAAAAUUUGAAUUCUCUACCCAGAAAGAUUCAUGUCAUAAAGCCUCUUUUGAAAAAUGCAAGGAUCUACUAUUUGGUGGUGUUACCCGUGUAAGAAGGAUUUAUACUGGUUAUUUUAAGGAAAAUAUUCCAUCACAGAUAAAUUAUGUUUUAAAUAUUUUCAAUUUGGAAAAUUUUAAUUUAUAUAAAUUAAAGCAAACUCAAAAUUGGCAUCAGAUAAACAAAAGAAUACAUAGGAUUUGAUUAUUUUUAUUUAAAUUUUUAUAAAAUUAUGUCAGAAAAUUUUGAACUAAAUAAUCUGAUCAAUGUGAAUAUAGAAUUUAGUUGUUUAGGGCCAUUUCAAGCAGCUCUUGAAGUUCCUAAAUUAUUAUUAUACUGAUGAAAUCGAAUCACUUCCUUAAAAAUAAGAUAUCAUAGAAAUUCUGAUAUGUAGUUUGUCUUAUUAGACUGUUGAUCACGUCAGGGGAUAGAUUCCUAAAGACUACCAUGAUCAAGCUACCCUUCGGGCAUCUCUUCCCUCAGUUUGUGAGGGCUGAUCUAACUUAAUGUCCACAGUGAGAGGAAGUGGAGAAAAUUAUUCAAAAGGAACCUGGGAAGCUCAGCUAAAAUUCAGUCUCAAUAAAGGCAGAAGUGGUACAUGUAUCAUUAUCAUGGUUAUUAUUUCAUGUAUUUCUUAUUUGAAAACUUGUGAUAAACAGGAUCUUCUUUUAUAACUCAGUGUUGUUUGAGUUAAAUGGAGAAAAUACCUAUAUUCAGGUUCUUAAAUCCCUGUGAAGGCUGCCAAAGAUGGCAAUGUCUUUCUUGCUAAUGUGGACAAGGAGCGAGGCUUUUUUCUCUACAAGGCUACAAUGAAAAAUGCCUACUUGUGGACGGAAAAUAACAGCAGUGGUCCUCUUUUGUCACGUUUAAAAAGUUGACUUGCCUGAAUAAUAUUUUGCCUUCUGUUGCCAAGUGAAUGUUUCAAAAUUAAGGAGAGGGUAUUCGUCCAAUGUCUACAAGCUAAGGUAGACGAGGGGAAGUAUGUCACAUGUAGAUCUGGAUACAUAUGCAGUCAUAGAGCCAGAUUCCUCAGUGGUUACACCUACACCAUCAAAUCUCUCUCUACAUGGUUCCUGGUUUGUUGCAUUUUCGCAAUGUUAGUGAAGAUAUUCUCCAUACAAGUUAGAAAGAUCUGUUGGUUUUGUUCUUAUACAUGCAACAGUUGAUCUUAAUCUGGAAAUUAGACUGACUGUAGACUUGCAAUAUGUGACCAGCCUAGGUAACAGCACGUCCAUUAAAUAUAGUUUACUUUUCACUAUCAUUGGCAGAUUAUGAGCCCUCUGUAGUUGGUGUAGGUAGUUUAUGCCGAAAAGAAAGUGGAGCCUUCUCUCACGUCUCGAAUGAGAGAGAAACUUUUGGCUCGUUUUCAUUUACUUCUCUCCUGUUAUAUAACUUCUGUUCAUAUUCUCUCCGGUCUUCUUAGAUACUGUCUCUCCCUUUUUGUAAUGCAAUUGCCCAGUCGUUCUUAUUCAUAUUUUCUAUUGUCCUUUUAUCAACGAAUUUAUCAUCAAUAAUAACCUCUUUUUACUUUUUUUUUGUAAUGUACUUUACUGUUAUGUGAAUAAUGAUUAGUGAUGGUCCAAGCAGGUUGCAGAAAAUUUAUUAAAGCAAGUUGUGACCGACAGAAGUGAGAUACCUUUCUCUAAAUCACAGACUGAUGGUUUGCAUUACGAAGGUAUUUCCGCUGGCAGAAAAACUCACCUUGAUGCCAUCAGAAUCAAUAGUUUAAUUUCUUCCAUUGAAUUAUCAUCAUGCUUUCAGGUUUAUGUUUUUGUUGAAAUAUCCUUUGUUUGACGGGAUAUGCAUCUUACUUGUCGUAUCUGCGUGCUUUGGUUUUGAAAUUGGUGUGCAAGAGAAUGUUUGAGUCUGCAACUCUUGAUUCCCACCCAAAUACUGCCCUGAAUCAGAAUGUGGAGUGAUGCGAAAUUUAAUCCUACACACUAUCUGUCAUCCAAACUUAUUAUCUUUAAAAUCCGAAUAAAGGACAGCCGAUUCACCUUACAAUAAACUUCUUCAAAAGCUUCCUUAACAGAGACCUUUCUUAAAGUAAAUAACUAACAGCAUUGGUUCUUGCUUCGAAAAUUUGGAUCACAAUAUAUGCUUUGAAAUUGGGUUUCUGUUCCAUGCUCUCUGUCCUCUAUGUUUGGAAACAAUGCCUCAUGAUGCAUUACGGAAAUUUUUUUUGACAUCUCGUAAUGGAGUAUGAAAGGAUUUGUUUGUUCAAUGAUAGGUUUCGGUUCGUGAAUUAUCCAUAGGUUUGCCCAAUGAAUUAUUUUUAUGACCUCUUGAAUUGACUAUCAGUUUCGCACACAGUGAGUGUUUAUUUUGAUUUUUGUUUUAUAAAUGCUCAUUGCAUGUAAGUUUUAAAAAAAAGGUUCUGUGAGUAAACAAUUUUUCACUGUCUUAAAGAUUUAUAAUGAGUGACAGAUUGCAUCAGGUUCUAUUACAUGAAGUGCUAUUUGUUUUGAUGUGAUGGCUUGCUGAAAAUGAAUAGAUCCGACUUUGGUUGUGUCACAUGCACAUGCCUAUGCUGAUAGGCAUGUGCAUACUCUAUGCUGAUAGGUUGUGACAGGAAACUUGGUUGAGCCCUGUUGACUUACAAUAGGUUUUACUGCUGCGAACAAUACUCUAUGCUGAUAGUCAAAAAUAGCAUAUAUGGCUUGAUGGGACGUGAAUUUGUUAUUGUGACAUCAUCAUUAGUUAUUUCUUUUAAAAUUUAGUAGUCACGUAUGAUUUUCUCAUUGGUUCAGCUCAUUUAGUAGAAUGAGCUAGUAGUAGUAUCCCUUGGGACUUCAACAUGCUUUUGUGUUUUCGUACAAGGUUGUUCCUCUCGUCCAUACUGUCUGAAAGUUAUCAUUUGUUCUAUUUGUAUUCUUGUCCAAGUUAUGAUACUUUUUCUUUCUUGUAACUGAUGCUACCUUGUUUGAAUAAAUCUUUAUCGAGGAAUGUCUUAUGAGUCCAGUCCUAAUGACCAUGCUUUUUGCAAAUUGUCAACUGGAAUCAGUGAUACCACUUUGUUAUCUAAUAAAACAUUUUAGCCAAGGUUGGCAUCUUGAAGUUCAAAAAAAAUACAGUGGACGGAGCUUUUUCUAGUGUUUCUUUACAGAUGAAUUUUUGGGCAGUGUCUUUUUACAGGUGACUUUUCCAUUUUGAGAGCCUUGAACUUAAAGAGUGACGUACCAGCUUGUGACUUAGUUUCUGUUCUCGUUCAUGGGGGUAUACUGCUUUGAUAGUUGAUUGUGUACAUACUGCCUUUAUCCCUUUUCUUGUUUUUUUCACUAAUUGACUCUGUGAUACUAUCCUUCUAAAAGUAAAAAAAAAUGAUGUAUGGAAUUUCUUAAAGUUCACCCAUAAUUUACAAUUUAAUUUUGUUCACCAUCGCACCUAAUGGCUAAAUUUCCUUUGGUCACUGUAGUUUUAAAGUUAUUUUUGUCUUUCAAAAUUUCAAAACAUUUUUAUUUUGUAAAAAACCUUAAAACAACAUUUUCACAAAGUUGUUUCUUUGGAGGCACAGUUUCUGCAACACACUUUUACGCUUCGAUUAUGAAAAGAACUUGGCUGAUGAUGAUGUCAGUGUCUCAUUUGUUCGUCAUUAGCGUGUAUUUUCGUUUUUAAGUUGCUGUAGAUGAGGAAAACAUUUUCUAACUUGGUUAGGAAUAUUUAUUUGGCAGGACAUGAUUCUGAAUCUGUGCCACCAUGGUUUCAGACAUUUAAUAGGGAGCUUUUACAUACACUAUCCUUCUCAGAGCAUGAAACUUUUGACCAUCCUGUUGCCUGUAAGCUGCUUGCUUCUUUUCACCUUUUCCUGAUGUUAGAGACUUCCAUCCAUUUUAUUAUUCUGCUACGUUGCUUUCUUUACUUCAUGCUUUUUAAAUAUUGGAACUAACCUCAACUUCAGGCCUCUUGGUUGUUUCAACAAAUGAUGAUCAGCCAAUAAGCAGAUUUGUCGAUCUGUUCAAUAUGGAACAGUUGCCCUCUCUUCUAAAGGAUGGUACAAUGGAUUCGAAGAUAUUGAAACACUACCUCCUACUCCAUGACAACCAAAGUGGCAAUCUAGAGAAGUAUAAUAUCUUUCUAAUUAUUGUGUUUUCUUCUCCAACUUGCAGAAGUUAUAUCUUGAAUCCUAUAGAUCUAACCAUCAUCUUGUUGUAGACAGUUUUUUUUCUUUCACAUUGUAGAUUUUUUGUGGACUAAUUGUGCGUUUAGCUGUCAAAAAAAGGGCAAUCGAUCUUUAUAUGUGGUGUAUCUGUUGAAAAUUUCAUGAUUUGAAGAGUUGUUGGAUUCUCAAGAAGGAAAUUAGUUUGUCAAGGAAAGGGAAAAAUAAGUCAUAGCUUUUAAUCUGUGUUUAGAUUACUCUAGAGAAAUGGGCGUUCGAUUUGAUUUUUCACUUUAUCUUUGAAUGUAAGACUCAUUUAACUUUCUGAGAUUUAUAUGUCAUUCAUGAAAUACAAAUCAUAUGGACUUGGCAUGUUUAUUGGAAAAACUUAGCUGAAAGCUAACUGGGUGAAUAUUGUGAUCAUGCCAUCAUAGCAUUCAUUUUCUUUCCAAAAAAUUAUCUUAGAUGGUAACAGAACGAUUUUUAUUUUUUUGCAACACUAUAUUCUGGUUCACUUACUGUCGAGAAUUGAUCUUGAUUGAGAUUCUUGCAACUUGGAGAAUGGAAGGAUUCUAUCUUCACGAUCCUCCUCUUCCAGGAAGAUGAAUCAGUCACCACUUCUUGGAACAUAAUUUCCGCAAUCUCAAAAUCUCAAUUAUCUUGGUUUCCCGCUUAAGUACAGGCUACAUGAGUUAAUGGGCCAGGCCCAUUAUAUUAGUCUUUAAGUGGAUCCGUUAACAAUUUAAUGGAUCCACUUAACAUAGGGAAGGACAUAGAAGGACGAAAAUACAGUGAAAGGAAAUAGAUAGAAAGGGAAAACAAUCCUAGAGAGUUCAACACCUCCUCUCAAGUUGGGUAUAGAUGUUUUCCAUAUACAACUUGGACACCAUCCUUUGAAAUAUUGGUCUUGUGAGUCCCUUUGUGAAUAUGUCAGCAACCUGUUCUAAUGUCCCAACAUAUAUCAGAUCUACACCUCCUGUUUCUACUUUUUCUUUGAUAAAAUGUCGAUCCACUUCAAUAUGUUUAGUCCUGUCAUGUUGUAUAGGAUUUUGAGCAAUAGCUAUUGUUGACUUGUUGUCACAAAACAAUUUCAUAUGAUUUGACUGGUUAACUCUCAAUUCGUCAAGCAAACCGCGAAUCCAUAAGCCUUCACAUAUCUCUUGGGCCAAUGCCCUGAAUUCUGCUUCAACACUAGAUCAUGCAACUACUUGUUGCUUUUUGCUUCUCCAUGUCACAAGAUUUCUACAAUCAAAUGUACAAUAGCCCGAUGUUGAUCUGCGAUCUAUAACAGACCUUGCAUAAUCAACAUCGGUGUAGAUUUCAAUAGAUUGUUUCCCUCCUUUUUUGAAUAGAAUGUCCUGCCUUGUUAUUGUCUUUAGAUAUGCCAACACUUGAUAUGUUGCCUGUAGGUGUAUCUCCCUUGGAUCAUUCAUAUGCUAACUGAGUACAUUCACUGCAAAUUUAUAUCUGGACAGGUAUGAUUUAGGUACCUCAACCUCCCAAUCAACUGUUGAUAUGAGCUUUUAUCCACCUGAUUAGAGUCUUUACCUUCUCCCAAACUUAAGGUGGGAUCAAGUGGAGUGUCAGGUUUACACUCCAAUUUUCCAGUCUCUUGAAGUAAAUCAAGAAUAUACUUGUGUUGUGAAAGAAAUACACCUUCUUUUGAAUAUGCAACCUCAAUUCCCAAUAAAUAUUUUAACCUUCCUAGGGAUUUGAUAUCAAAUUCCUCUAGAUAGAUUUUGGCCAAGGCAUUUAGUCUCCUCAGUAUCAUCUCCUGUUAUGAUGAUAUCAUCUACAUACACAAUUAAGGCUGUAACCUUGUUUUGGGCACCAUGCUUAAUGAAGAGAGUGUGAUCCCCAUUGCUUUUUAUGUACCCAAAUCCUUUCAUGGCUUGAGUGAAUCUCUCAAACCAGACUCGGGGUGAUUGUUUUAAACUCUAUAGAGAUUUCUUCAACAUACAAACAACAUUAUUUUGAUGGGUAAAUGUGUAACCUAGAGGUACAUUCAUAUAUACUUCUUCCUCCAAAUUUUCGUGAAGAAAUACAUUUUUCACAUCAAGCUGAUGCAUUUCCCAUCCUAAAUUUACUGUCGAUGCUAUAAGUAUCGGGAUGGUAUUUAACUUUGCAACAGGAGCAAAUUUCUCAAAAUAAUCAAUUCCAUUAGAUUGUAAAUAGCCUUUAGCUACCAACCUUGCCUUGUAUCUUUCCAAUGUUCCAUUAGGUUUAUACUUAGGAGCAUAUACCCACUUGCAGCCAACCACCUUUUUUCCUGAAGGCAAAGGGACUAAGUCUCAUGUACAGUUCUUCUCUAGUGCAUCAAUGUCUUCAUCCAUGGCAUGACUCCAUUCUUUGUGUGACAGGGCCUCUUCUACUAUCUUGGGGAUGAUAAUAGUCUUCAUCUUCAUGAGCAAAGUCUUGUACAAUGGUGUUAACCUAUCAUAUGAUAACUAGUUGACCAUAGGAUAGAGUGAUUUAUUUAUUCAACUUCUCUUUCCUUUGCAUAGAGCAAUGGGCCAAUCUAGUUGCUCCUCAUCAAUGGCUUCAGUGAACUGAUGAUCCUCUUCUUGAUGAGUAUUAUAAAUUUGAGAUGUGUCUCUUAUACUUGGACUAAUUGCUUCUACUGGUUCUUUCUGCAGUGCAGGUAAAUCAUUCAUCUCAGUUGAUAUAUUUUGUGUCUCCACUCUAGGUCGUCUCCUAUACACUUACAUUUCUUUGGUUCUAGGAAUGGGUGUCUCCUGAAUUACGAAUUCAUUUAUGUCCUGUAACUCAGUCGCAGCAAUCGAGUUCUCUAACUCUUUUGGAUUUUUCAUCUCAUAAUAUGGUUCCAACUCCUUAAAAGUCACACUAGCUGAAAUAAAGAAUUUUUUAGAAGCAGGAUUACAACACUUAUAACCCUUUUAUGUAGUUGAGUACCCAACAAAUAUACACUUUAUAGAUUGUGGAUCAGGUUUUCCCACUAUGCCUAUAAACAGUACAUCCAAAUAUCCUUGGACGAAGAUGAGUCUUUAGUUUCACAUGAUGAUAGAAUUUACUCAACAGUUCCAUAGGACUUUGAUAUUCUAGUGUUUUCGCUGGUAUCCUAUUAAUAAGAUGAGUGCUAGUGAGGACAGCUUCACCCCACUAUUGCCUUGGAACUUUUUGUUGAAACAAAAGAGAUAUAGCUGUAUCAGUAAGUGUUCGAUUUUUCUCUCAGCCACUUCAUUUUGUUGGGGUGUAUUGACACAAGAUGACUCAUGAAUUAUCACUUUCUGAUCAAAGUAAGACACAGCCGAAUUGAAUAGUCUCUAGCAUUAUUUGAUCUAAACUUCUUGACAACAAUUUUGAAUUGAUUAUAGAUCAUUUCACAAAAAGAUUUCACCACUUGGGCGGCGUCUGAUUUUGAUUUUAGGAGGUAAACCCAAGUAAGCCUAGUACAGUCAUCAACAAAUAAGAUAAACCACCUGCAUCCAGACAAGCUAGUCAUAGGCGUUGGCCUCCAAAUAUCACUGUGUAUAUGAUAUAAAAGGAUUGUACUAUGCUCACCAACAUUUCCAAAUGAGGAGCAUUUGUGUUUGGCCAACCGCACACUAGAGUUUUUACAUCAACACCUUCAAAUAUAGAAGGAAACCAUGUUUUUAGGAGAUAAAAGGAAGGAUGUCCAACACGACAGUGUUGUAACAAUAUACUAUUCUUUUUGUGUUCACUGACUCCACUCCAAGGUGACUGCUGUACAGACAUCGUUGCACGUUCAUCCUCUUCCCAGUAGAGCAAGCCUCCUCCUUAACAUGUCCAAUCUUUAGCCUUGAGACCUUGUCACACAGUGAACAUCCAUUGUCCUCAAGAAUGAAACGACACUUAAUAUCUUUAACAAGUUUCUGUGGUGAAAUCAAAUGAGCCUUUAGUUUAGGCACAUGUAAAACAUUUCUUAAAGUGCCCAAUCCCUUCGACCGGUAGAAUCUCACCACCAGCAGUAAUAACUUUCCUCUGCCCAUCACUUUUCGUAUAAUCAACAAUUUGCACAUAUUUGAGGUCAUGUGGUCUGUGGCGCCAGAGUCAAGUAUCUAGGACAAUUUAGAAAAACUGUUAAAUGCAUAUGAUUUUGAGAAAAAAUUAUUCUCCUCUGACUGAACCAAGGACGUAGAGCUCAGCAUAUCUUGAGUUUCUCUACUUCCUCCCUCAGUCUUUCAAAUUCAUUACCCUUUUGCUGAUUACUAGAACUGGGAGGUUCCUUUAUCGCAGAUUGACCUUCUAUAGUCUUUGCUGGUUGAGAAGUAGUCACAUAUGUCCUCCCCUCUUGAGGUGGUCGUCCAUGUAACUUCAAGCACUUUUCUCUUGUAUGAUGCUUUUUUUUGCAAUAUGAACACCAAAGGUUUUCUUUGUUAUCCCACUUCUAGUAUCUUCCUUGUGAUGCAGAGAUUGGGUUUUGAUUUCCCUCCUUUUUCUCUAAUUGAUUCCCCUGAUCUUGCUUGCUGGAGGCGAUGGCUAUUUACUCAUUCUUCCCAUUAUUGAUUAGGCUCAAUCUACUCUUCUUCCAUAAUAAUCUAGCUAGCUUCAUCCAGAUCAGGUACCUUCUCACGAUGGAGAAUUUGACCCUUGAGGCUUUCAUAAUCAGAGUUCAGUCCCAUUAAAAAUGUGUACAUCUAUGUUUCAAUGUAUACAUGCACUCCUCAAAACUAGGAUUCUUUGCUGGCCAAUAAUGGUCAAUACCUUCAUGUAGCCUUUAAUUCACACGAAUAUUUCAUAAUUGAUUUACUUCCUUGCACUAAAUGUGUUGCCUUAGACACCAAGCCAUAAAUCCUCCAAUCGUUAUGUUUCUUUGAACAGCUUUUGUGAAUUUGAUCCCACAAUUCCUUCGCCGAGUGAAUGAACAGAAAUUCUCAUACAUCUAUGGUGUCUUUGUACUUAGCAGCCAUGUAUGGAUAAUAGCCUCUUUUGAUUUUCAUCCUCUAUAUUUCGGAUCUGACUGCUUCAAUGGUUCUUAUAUAAGGUGAUCUGUUAAGCCUCUUCCAAGAAGCGUCAGAUCAACAAACUGCUCCUAGUGAUGAAGAUUUAUCUCAUUGAAUCUAAGUUUCUCUGAGAUAUUUGGGAGAGUAUGAUAUAGUCUCUUUUUCUCUAGUCAUCACUGGAGAUGAUAUGAGUUCUAUGGAUGACGAAGAGCCUUCCCUUGAAUACAUUCUGAAAGCCUUUUUCCUUUGCACUUCUCAGAAUGCCUCAGUUCACUGCUUGCGGAAGAUUUCUUUCUUCCUUGGUGUUGCUCCAACACAGAAACAAGAAAAAUAAGAUUCAAAAACAAGAAACAAGAAGUAUCUGAUCCUACCAGAAUCAGCACCGCUCUGAUACCAUGUUGAGAAUUGAUCUUGAUUGAGAUUCUUGCAACUCAGAGAAUGAAAGGAUUCGAUCUUCACGAUCCUCCUCUUUUGGGAAGAUGAAUCAGUCACCACUUCUUGGUGCAGAAUUUCCACAAUCCCAUAAUCUUACAUCAAUUAUCUUGGUUUCCCGCUUAAGUACAGGUUACAUGAGUUAAUGGGCCAGGCCCAUUACAUUAGUCUUUAAGUCUAAUGGAUCCACUUAACAUAGGGAAUGACAGAGGACGAAAGUACAGUGAAAAGAAACAGAUAGAAAGGAAAAACAAUCCUAGAGAGUUCAACACUUACCAUUUGAUAAAUUGGACGUUGCUAAUUGUACUAUGAGUGUCAAAAAUAGUGGUCACUUUACUGCGAUGCAUACAACAAGCUAGCGGAAAUAUAUUAAUAUUUCGAAAUAUGGAAGUAGGGUGCCAAAUACUGAAUAUACCUGAUCGAAAAAUAGAAGUAAAAGCCUAUGAAAUGUUGGAUGAAGCACUUCAUCCAAGAAAAUUAGUAGUCAAAGCAACUAGAAGACGAUUUAAUUAGAAUUCAUUCAAGAGCUGUUAAAAUUAUCAAAAAGCGUAUUUUUUCCCUGGAAAUUUUUGUGAUUUUCUCUAAUGGUUUUUCUAAUAAUCAGUGACCUACCAUCCUGUUUAAAUUGCUAGAUACUGCAAGGAAAACUAUCAAAUAUCAGAAACAAAGGCUUUUCUGGAUGAUAACAUCUCAUGGCACUAGGAGGGCCAGAACAGGUCAAUGGGGAGAUUGAAAUGUUGGGGAGAUUGAAAUGUUGGGGGCAUUGUAUAACUUGAAAAAUAUGUUAAUCGCUUCUUUGAUCAUCCCAAAUCACUGUGUUGAAGAGUCUGUAUUCCUUGUAAUGUUACAUUCAUGGUGAAAAAGACUUUGAAUACAUCCUAGGUAUGUUUCUGCCAAACCCACAUUUUUUCUGAAAAAUAUUAGUUUAUUAAUCACUGUGGUUUUGACGAUAUUUAUAUUAUCUCUUGGCGGGAAACUAUUUAUUUUCAAAUAUGUUCAUUUUCAUUAUUUGUUGUUCUUGACGGAUGUGAAGAAUAUUUUGAAUAGUAAUUCUGAAAAAUAUAAAAAGUAAAAUUUGAUUUACGAUAAAAGUCAAAGAUGGAUUUGUUUCUGGAUUUGAUAAAGGCCGAAAUUAGUAAUUCACUGGAAAAUGUAAUAUAUUAUUAUAGAUAGUGUUGUGUCUCAAAGAGGAGACACCAAGACCCAGCCUUUAAAGAAUCCAUGCCUGAAGCAUAUAAUGUAGCACCUGAAUUUCUGUUUAAAAUGAUACUGAGCUGUGAAACACUAUAUAGAACACAGUUAACAAAAAAAAAUCCUUGCUUGUAUAGUUGCUUUCUGUGGAUAUCUAAAAGGCCAUGGUGACUGUUAUUUUAUAGAAAAUGUAACUUCUUGCAUCAGAAACCUGCUGGAAACAUUGUGCAUCCGAAAGACACUCAUUACAUUGAUUUUGUGAUGUUAAUGUAUCAUCUUUUGGUAGGGCGAGCAGCAUUUUAGCAGAGAUGAAGAGCACUUUUGGAUUGAAAGACUCUCGAUUGCUUUGCAUUAAUUCUUCUCCAGAUGGAAUUUGGGAAGGGGACCACAGUCCGUGGUUUCACUACGUGAGUUGGGAAUUCUUUAAUGUUAUAGUGGAAUUCGACUCAAUACUUUUUUUUUUAAUUUUCUAUACUUACUAAUGUACUUUCUUUUAAUACAGAAAAAUGGAGUAUCAUUGAAACAGGAUAAUGCUUGUUUCCUUACCAGUGAUGAUCUUAAUCAGGUACCCCCAUCAAUAUUAGAAGUCAUGCACGUGUCUUUCUAGUUGGCUUUUCUUCAUUGGGCAUUUUAUUUCUCGUAAGAAUCACGGAAAUAUGUUUUGAAUCAGAAUUUUUUUUAGAAACGUCCUGUGGAAGUUCCUACAGUUUUAUAAGAGAAAUAGCUGAUGUUGCAUAUAUGGUGUAAUUAGAUUCGAGAUUUCAUGCAAGAUCUAUGUUCCAAACAUAUAAUUCCUCACAUGGAGCAUAAAGUACGUGAGCUUAACCAACAGGUACUUAAUUUAUCUUAUGGAUUUAUUAACUUAAUUAUUCUGUUACUUUUUGUACCAUUUUUCUACUGUCCUUUUUAACUGGGUUGUUGCUAUAGGUUUCUGCAAUUAGGAAGGGUUUUAGGAACCAAAUAAAAAAUUUGUGGUGGAGGAAAGGGAAGGAAGAUACGCCAGAGGCUCCUAAAGGCCCUAUGUAAGAUUUGCUUUGGUGUUUUUUCUUUACCUUUAUGAAAUAAGAAUGACAGAAUGAAAUAAUACAUUUUGCUUUUAGAAGUGUUAAUCUUACACAAUAAAUGAUUAAUCAGAAUAAAGAAAAUCAUUUAGUCUGCUUGUGACCUUUUCAAUCAGGUCAUUUGCUCACAUUAUUCCUGCUUGCUUCACAUGCACUACCUAUUCUUUCCUUGAAAUAUAAUCUUUUUAUUUUUGUAUGAAAAAAUUACAUAUAAAAUUCAGUGUAUAUGAUUCAGGAGUUCUUAAAAAAAAGGACUUAGGGAAUCAAUUUCAGAUAAAAGUUCAAGCACAAAGUUCAUUUCGGAAGGAAAAACAAGUUAGAAUAUAAAAUAUGAAUUUGGCGUUAUUUUGCUAAUCAUACUUUAUCUGUUUUUCGUUCAAGGUAUACAUUUAACUCCACAGAGUCUCAGAUAAGACUCUUGGGUGACUAUGCAUUCAUGCUGUGCGACUAUGAACUUGCAUUGUCCAAUUAUCGGUUACUCUCUACUGAUUAUAAGCUUGAUAAAGCCUGGAAGCAUUAUGCAGGUGCACAGGUAGAUUUUGAUCACUGUAUAUUUUUUUGGAAAAAUGCUUACCUGUUUUUUUUAUCUUGUCAUUGCGUAUUUUCCCUUUUUUCAGGGUGUUACUUGAUACUAUUGCUUAUGGUCGUUUGUCAUGGUUAUGCUAAUAUGAGAUAGGGUGAACAGAAACGAUGAUCUUUGAGGAGAAGUGCUCAUUCGAUACAAUAAAUAAUGCGAAUUCUGUAUAGUUUUAAUUUCCUCUUAAAUAUUUUCUGGCCACCUUUUGGCUCUCACACUUUUAUUUUCAGGUACCAUAUAAGCCUUUGUAAUCUUUUAAGCCAUUGCUUUAACUUCCAUGCUCUUCUGUGUACCCUCAUAAAGAUCCCAUCUUCCAUUCAGUUUGCACAAUAAGAUCUCACUAUGAGGAUCUCGCUAUUAUGGACAACACCAUUUGGUGUCUUGUCUUGAUAUGUACACAUUUACAUCGAGACAGUUAACAGGCUAUUUUGAAUACAGAUGAGCAUUUUAGUGAUGUAGCUCGGGCCACUGAAAUCAUGAUGUUGGAUGAGCCAGCAUGGUGAAGAACAAGAGUUGGCAGUUGUAAAUAGAGAUCAAAUCCAAUGUCGGGAUUGUGGAAAGGGGAAACCUCAUGUGAGGAUGGAAGGUUGUUACUAGUUCAAGAAUAUAUGACCUGAGGGGCUUUCUAUCGUAUGUUUUGGUCUGUGAGUGUGAUACAUUAGAUGGAUAAUGUAUGUGUUGAAUUGUGAUGAAUGACAUGCAUUGCAAGGAAUAUGACAAUUAAUUGAUUGGAUUGUCAAUCAUUCAGAAGAUUUGGAUGGGCUUUCUAUCGUAUGUCUUGGAACUGCGAAACAGACCCUUGCUUAGGGGGAAAGUGGUAUAACUUUCAAGAUUUUACGUUGGUGCUUGUGAAAAGAGAAUGAGUGAGAUUCGAGGAGAAAUCUUCGCUUUUGGGUUGCUAUGCUAUUAAUUUCGUCUCAGUAUGAUGUGAGAUGCUGAUGAGGCAUAGAGAGUCUUUUUGAUUGCACACACAUAUAUAUUUUUCUUUAAUUACAUCUCCUAUUUUAUCCCCUCUUACCCUAUAUGAGAGUGGUAUUUCUUUCUGUAAGAGUCUUAUUCCAACAUGAACAUUAUCCACUAAGCCAUCAAUCUCUUCCUCUUUCUUUAUUUUUGUGCUGCUAGAUUUGGCUUCCCAAGGGACUAUUUGGUGGCAACACGUUUGCUUCUAGCUAGCAAGGAGGAAAAAUCAUACUUCUGGAAGCAUUGUUGAAAAUGACUUUUAUUCACUCUCUAACUGGAUUUGUAAGGAAAACAAAAAGGGGAAAACAUAAGGGGAAGUAGAAACGUGAAGAUGACAAGCUGUUUACACAUUGUGACCUUGAGAAUCACAAUGUAGACAGUGGUUGGGAGGUAUGUUGACUAAAAAAGCCCAUUACGUUCAUGUGUGGACAAGAAAUUAAAGAACACAUUGUUCUAGCUUAUAAUCUUGAGGCUAAUGUUUAGGAGUUUUAUUGUAUGCUGUUUGUGGCCUGCAGAGGAUUAUUUUACAAUGUCGUGGGACCACCUCGGUUCCUUCAGUGCCACUAGUCCUAUUGGUGACCUUUGGGCUGACUUUGUAACUAGUGACCAUAUGAUGGGUUAUCCUACUUUCUUUUCUAAAUUUUUCCUUGGUUAAGACGAUGAUGUGACGAAUCGAGAUGACUAAAGCCCUUUAUUGAUGGCGAAAAGAACUAAAGAAAGUCCAUUUGGGGGCAUCUCACGUGGUACUACAGCAUCUCAGAAGGACACCAAAAAAAGGUAUUUCAUUCAAGAAAGACAUAGGCUUGGCACUUGAGGCAUAUUCAAAUGCUGAUUAUGUAAGGUCAUUGGUUGCUAUGAGAUCAACCUGUGGAUUAAGACUUAACAAACCGAAUGUGGUGGUACAAUCUAGUGCAGAGGCUGUAUUCUGAACAAUGAGUCGGGUCUGUUUGGUUGAAGAUUAUCUUAGAAGAUUUGAAUAUUAAGUGGGAUGGACCAAUGAGAUUCUAGUUUGAUAACAUGCCUGCAAUCAGCAGUUCAUAACCCUGUGCAACACGAUUGACCAAAACACAUUAAGAUUGACAGACACUUCAUCAAUGAGAAGUUGGAGAGCAGAUAUAUUUGUACACUGUCUCUACACGUGGCCAACUUGUGGAUGUACUUACCAAGGGAAUAAGUAAUUCGGUAUUUCUGAGUAUUGUAUCAAAGCUGAGAAUGGAGAAUCCUAUUCACCAGCUUGAGAGAUAGUGUGGGAAAAAUCAUAUAAGGGUUAGGUUGUUGGUCAGUUUCCUGAUUUGGUCAGUUCCCUAUUUUUGGUCAGAUUCUUAAUUUGGUUGGGUACCCUACAAAUCCUGGGAUUCAACCUAGGUAGUUUUCCUUUUUUUGAGGCUGGGGCAAGUAUAUUAACCAGCAAUCGUUCUAUGAAUUGUUAUGACAAAAACAAUUCCCCACUGUUUAUUCUUGUCUUGUUUGUGUCUUUAAUUGAUGUAGGACACUCCUUGAAAAAAGGAGAAAGGCCCGAAAUUUGGGACGCAGGUGGCUGAAAAGUUAAAAAAUGACUAGAAAGAUUGAAAGGCACAAAAUGAAACUAAGCGCACAUAAAUUGUGGAUAAGGAAUCAGUUUUCAGUUUUAGUAACUGUUGUGCUUUGAAGUCGUUUUUAUUUUUUUUCGUAACUGAUCCAAUUUUUUAGGACUCUAUAGGAGAUGAAAAUUAGUAAUUCUCAUUCUCUCUGUGAGAUUUCUGAGAGUUUUGGGAUUCAAGUGAACCUUGUAGAUUCGAGGGACGUUUUUUCUUAUCCUUGUGGAUUCAAGGAAUUAUCUAAAUUAAUCCUUAUGCAUUCUAGGAAAGGGAAAAGUCGUACCAUGUGGAUUCAAGGGUUGAUUUUCAUUCUUCCCCACUUCAUAUUUCGUGCCUUGUGGAUCCAAGGCCUGAUUUUCUAUUUUCGCAACUUUUUCUACAUCAUUAAUUAUAGAUGUCUCAUCGAAGCAAUUCUUACGAGUAGUUUUAUUAUGACAUGAUGUUCUCUGAGAUUCUUAUGAUUGAGUCUCUUAUGACUCAAUUAGUUUCUGCACAUUCAUUCUUCUCUCUACAACAUUUUGUAUUUGGGCAUCUUAGUUCCAUCCAUUGUGCAUGUGUUACCUGGUGUUCAGUGCAAGGAGUGUCACAAUACGUCUUAGCUUAUCUAGUCCUGGGAGUUGUUAGUGACGUGUUUCCUUGGGUGUCCUCACUACAAAAAAGGAUAUAAGUUCUUUGCUACAGUAUCUCAAAAAUAUAUUCAUUUGAAGGAUGUUGUCUUUACUCUAGGAUAGUCUCGUCCUUAAGAAGAGAAUUCAUUGGUAUUCAUUUAUAGCCUCUUCUCCAUUUGUCAUCUGGUGCUUCCUUCACACAUGUUCCUUUUGUCCUUGAUGGAAAUGAAGCUGUUGUUUUGUAGAGGUAUCACAAAUAGGCUCUCAUGAUUGUAUCUGUCACACUAGUGUAAAGGAAACUAACAAGUAACUACUGACACUAGGAGGAAGAACACUAGGAAAGGGCUUCCUUCUGAUUACCAAGCCGUAUAUAAUACCGAGUCAUCUCAUCAAGAUAGCGCAUGCUCCCCCCUUCUUAAAUUGUGCCUAUGGCAUUCAUCUUCCUACUACUUUUUUCAAUUGGUAAACGUGUUUGUAAUUUAUAGUGUAAUUCUGUACCUGCAUCCUAUAGCAAUGCUGUAAUGCAAUCCAUGUUGGGUGUCAACAAACGAGUGAAGAAGUGAGUGCUUUCUAGAAGAGUGAUUCUUGGGAGCACUAUUCUAUAUGAAGGAACAAUUGGGUUGGGUAAAAUGCUGAUAGUAUUACAUCAUGGUAUAAGGCAAGGCUUCUGGCUUGGGAGUUUAGACAGAUAUGAAAUUGGUUACAAAGAGAAUUUUUGAGUUAUUAGGCGAGCUAAAGUUAGUCAGGAUUAUUUUGUCUCUUGCUAAUUAUUUUCCAUGGACUUUGCACCAACUUCAUCCCAUAAUGUUUUCUUACAUGGAGAUUUACUACAGGAGGGGUGUAUGUAUCCUCUAUUUAAAACUGCAGAGAUGGAAAGGACAUACUGAUAUAUGGGGUAUUCGUUUUCAGAGCUCCCAGAUGAGAGACUAGGACCUUCUUUUCUCGUUCUCGUUUAAUGAUUUUGUGGUCAAUUCCAAUUACGAAAAGUGCAUUUUACCAAAUAUUCCUAAAAUUCUCAUAGAUCUGUUGAGGCAUGUAAGAUCUCUUAUUAUAAGCAUCUACUGCCUUAUUUUACACCGUCAUUCCCACAUUCUAUCCGUUAUCUCCUCAUGUCUCAUCUUCACAAAUCGAUGAUAAAACGGCAAUCACCUUUUCUAUUUGGAUUUUCAUGCAGGAAAUGGUGGGACUUUCCUUGUUUAUGUUGGAUCAAUCAAAGAAAGAGGCUGAAUAUAGCAUGGAAAACGCUUUUCAUUCAUAUGAGGUACGUGUAUCACCCCUUCUCCUAGCAUGGCAUCAAACAAAAAGGUGAAUAGGAUAAUUUGACACCACUGAUUAUUUUUUAGUUACCUCUACUUGUAUUUAUCUGAGAUUGUAUUGAUAGGAAGAUCCUCUUCUCUGGUCUCCUCAUGGUCCAUUUGAUUACCUAUAUUUUAACACUGUUGCACAAUGCAAGACAACAGUGGGUUUCUUAGAAGAAAGGAAUUGACUUUUAGUUCUGCACAGAGUGCAAUUUUCAUUUUUAGAAUCAGUCAUUUGUCUUAUUGGCUUACGAUUUAGAAAGGUGAUGGACUAUGCAAUAUAAUUGAGGCAGGCCAUAACUGGUGAUGCAGCUUUUGUUCAUGUAUCCAAUCAGAUUUUUGGAAAAUGUAAUCAAUUUGGAAAAAUAUAAAUCCAGUCAAACUGAUUAUUUGGAAAAAAUAUGAAUAUUUCAUGUCUUUGACUACAAAACAAGAUGGAAGGGAUCAGAGUCUGAUCUGAUUUGUAUCUUCCGACACUUUGUUAUUGUACCUUUUUUCUUAUAGAGAAAGUUAUGUCAGGGUGCUCAAUUCCUUGUGCAAGAUUAGGUACGAGAUGAAUUUAUUUCAUCGUAGCAUCUAUGACAGUGACCAUUUAAAAUGUGAUGUCCAGGUCAAGCCUGUGGAACAACACUGUGCUGGACUUCUGUUUAGUAGCCACUUAAUCUCCAUGAUAAUUGUUGUUGCAUAGGGGAUCAAAGAAAAUGUUUAAAAUAUUGAGAAACAGGGCCGCACUGGAGGUUGAUAAGUGGCCUGCAGUUAACUUUCUCGUAUUUUGGUAACCUUGUUGACAUCCCAUUGAGCUCUCCAUUAUUGAAGAUGUUUUUUUAAUCAUCUAUUUAGAUCCCUAAUUUGUUUGUUUCCUUGGGAUUUGAAUCGAUUAAAGAACUCUGUUCUUUAUUCUCCAUUUCAAAUGAGACGUUGUAGUUUAGUGGCAUGUUUAUAAAUUUAUUAUAGGGUUUAAACAUAAAUAAUUUUUUUCUAUGUAAAAUUCUUUUACAGAGAAUUGGAUCAUCUGGUUUGAGAUAUGCUACAAGGUGUGGACUAUGGUGGGCUGAAAUGUUUAAAGAGAGGGGCCAGUAUAAAGAGGCAGCUGCUGUAUAUUUUCGCAUUUCAAUUGAGGUAAGUUUGAAGCUACAUGUACAUGCGGGACUUCUCAUUUAUUUACUCUUGGUUUUCUCUGCCGUCCUUUCAGGAACCUUCUUUGCAUGCUGCUGUCAUGCUUGAGCAGGCAUCCUACUGUUAUCUACUUUCAGAUCCACCAAUGCUGCGCAAAUAUGCAUUUCAUCUUGUUCUGGCUGGUAAUCGCUAUUACAUUUCUGAACAGGUAUAUAAAGUGCACAGGAGAAUAGUUCUUAGAAAAUAGUAGAAUAUUUUAGAUUAAAGCUAAAAGUUUAUUUUUUUCUCAAUUCAGAAAAAGCAUGCCAUUAGAACAUACACAGGUGCUCUCUCCGUCUAUAAAGAAAAUUCUUGGAGUUACAUUAAUGAUCAUGUUCAUUUUAAUAUUGGAAGGUAAUUUCUCUGUUCAUAUCAGUUGUACCUUGGCAUAUUCCUUUUUCAUGGUGUCUUUUCUCAAAAGUUUGUUUGAUACAGGUGGUAUGCAUUGAUUGGUAUGCUUGAUGUUGCAAUUGAUCAUAUGGUCGAAGUUCUUGCAUGUUCUCAUCAAUCUGCAGCAACUCAAAAGCUAUUUCUUAAUGACUUUCUUCGUAUUGUUCAGGUAGUAUGUAUAUCUCACUUAUGUUUCUUCUUAGCUUCUUCCAAAAAACAUUAUCAUUACAUUUUUACUGGAAUUAAUUUGGCAUCACAGAGUACUGGGAGUAAAACAGAAGUAAACAAGCUUCAACUGCCACUUAUUAAUAUGCCUUCCUUAAAAAUAACAUUUGAGGAUCAUCGGACGUAUGCAUCAUCAGCUUCUGUAAGUUGAACCUCCAUCUUCUAUGUCUCUAUGUAUGAUUUAACCUGUAUGUACUUUGACUGAAAUAUUUGUGCCAUUUAUACAAUUAUUCUAUCCAUUGUGUCUGGGAAUAGCUUCAUCACAUCUUUGAGCAUCUGCAUUUUGACAUAAUGCUAUAAUACUUGAACAAAAGUGUAGUAGUACGUUGCAUGAUCUCCAUGGGACUAUUUUCUAGAAGGCCGUCUAUUUCGCUAUUUUUACUGUUGAACUUCUUUACAUCCUCCACAAUUCAUGAACUCCAUUUAAUCUCCCACUGUUUCUGUGUGACUCAGACUAACUAGAUUGUGGGGACUCUGGAGAUCCACAGACAUGGCAUGUGUCUCAGUCAGGAAAUUAUACACUGAGGCCCUUCCUGAAACCCCCUGAGAUUAAGCAGGAUAUUUUUGAAUUUUUUUUUUAUGUUUAAUGGUUUUAAGACAAUAGCUAAGGCAUAUAUUUUCCCCAUAAUUAGGAAAAGGGAGUUUUUUCUUUUGCAAUGUUAUGCCUGUUGUGAUAUUUUUAUUCCAAUGUAUUCCCUGUUUGCUCUGAUAAAUAUGUUCGCUUUGAACAAUAAUGAUUGGAAGAUUAAUAGUUGAAUGGAGAGGGAGAUGCAAUUCGGUGCGGGAAAUUGAAUGAAGAGCUUAAUAGGUUAAAACUUUGUGGGCGAUAGUUUGACUUACUAAAUGAGGCUUUUAUUAAAACAUGGAUAAUAUGAUCUCAGUGAAUAUAACAUUCAAUGCUGAUUGCUUAUUUUGAGAAGCUACGUUGAGGGUUAACUUGGCACUGAACUAUUUUUCUGUUAGUGGAUUGGGAAACUUUGUGGAUCAAAGAUAUUUUCCCUGAAUCCAUGGCCAUAGCGAAGACAAGUUUUGUAAUUGGGCACCUUGUUGUACAUAAGUAAUGUAGGAUUGCUGAGUCAUGUAUAUAGUUGUCAUGGAAUUCUCAUAAAGCUCUGAAAAUAUGUCAUAGUGUACAACUUUGUUGUUUAAGGGUCUUGUGUUAAUGACAGUUACUUGAUGUUUCUUUGCAGUUAAAAUGCCAAUUAAAAGUUUACUUGUAACAAUAAGCUUUCAGGGCGUGUACGAGGGAAUUGUGUAUUUGAAACUAUUAUUAAAAGAAUAAGAGAUACCAUUUUAUAGCUAGUGCCUAUGUGGUGCAAAUUUCAUUAGCAGAGAGAGUGAGAUGAUUAUAGGAGAGGUGACUUUGUUACUUGCGUUACUUGAUGAUGACAUAGUCUUAGCUGGUAUUACUUUUUGUUGGUAAAUUCUUUGGGAUCUUCAUAGAACUCUGGCUUCUUAUAAUAAGGAGUUGUGCUUGUGUAUUUUGUUGCCAAUUUCAAGACUCUAAGGUAUGGUUCUAAAUGUAGUGAAAUUCACAAAGCUGAAAGCUUGGGAAAGAGAUCCUAAUGAGUGGGAAAAUGAGCUUAUGGCAUAUGGCAACACAAAGAAGAGAUAAGAGGGAUUAGGAAAAACCGAAGUUCCCCUAAGUUGGGGAGUGAAUUGAAAUUGGUUCUAGGUCUUAUAAUGAAAAUUGAAAUUGGAGAACAAGUAUGGUAUUACUUUUAGAUUAUACUGAGCACACAGUUCUAUAGUUAUAAAGUGCUGUAUUAUGGAUUAAGUUAAUGAGGUAUGAAGGUGAACAUUGUCUAUAUGACUUUUACUUUCCCACCACUACAACAGUGCACAAGUUUGAUCAUAUCCUGUUUUUGGAAAUUGACAACUUCUAAAUCGUGAAAUUUCAUACUUUUUCAGAAGAAAACUCCGUGUAUUACAUAGGUUCAAAAUGUCCGCCUAAGCCUGUAAAACUAAAUGUUACUAUUCUUUCCUAUUAUAUUCUCCUCUAUGCUUUCCACGGCAACCAGCAACUAAUGCUGUGCGCAUGCUAUCAUACAGUGGUUCUUGUCUGUGCUUUGUCAUACGGGAUUCUGGUAUGCGCCCCCCCCCCCGGGCAUGGCAGAGGUGGUGGAGCAAGGGGGUUUGAGUGCUGUGUGCUGCCCGCCACACUGUCUUCUUCUGGCUGUGUAUGUGCUAUUAGGGACAUCAGCAUCCACUUUUAAUAGUCAUGGUGAUAGUGAUGUGGUUAAACUGCAAAAGACAUCUUUAAAGAAACAUUUGACUUGUUGUAGUCUUAUCACAGAAUGCAUUUCAAAUUUUGAGUACGGUGAAAAGGUUAAUGAUUUUUUUCCUGACGUAGAAAAUAGUUUUAGUGAUGGUAAACUGGAUUUUGUUUGCUCAAUCUUUCUUGAUCGGACUGUUAAUGAGGCUUUGAACUCGAGGAAUGGCAGUAAGGCUAUGGAAACAGUUUCUGAUACUUUUACUUUUCAGUGUAGAAACUGUUUUAGUACCUGUAUGAAUAGAAUUAUCGAAAAGUGGCUUGGAGUUGAUAGUACCUGUAUGCCGAGACUCCUUGUAUCGUGGAGUGUUGAGUAUCAAAAACAUGCAAGUUUAUUCUAGAAUGUUGAAUGCCAUUCUUGUACAAGUCUCUGGUGAAGCAGUGAUCAUGCAUGCUUUUCUCACUGAACAUUGGGUACCCAUACUCUGCCCACUUUGUUUUCUGCUGUAUUUCAAUUAUUUAACUGGCAUAAGAGCCAAUUCAUAUUUUUGCUAAAUCUCAUUAAACUAUGAAAUAUUGACUAAUUCAAUCUGGCUUUUCACCUAUGCUGCAUCAUUGGAUAGUUUUUCAUUUCUGAGUUUAACGAUCUUAAUUUUUUUUUUCCAAGUUUAUUGGUAUGGGUUUAAGCUCUGCUAUUGGUGGAUACGUUUUUCUUUGAGAUUGGAAUGAUGCUUCAACUAUUCCACUCGUAUGACAUGAUUUAUGAAGCUCUCCUUUCAUUGCCUUUAGCAUCACAACUUGCUUAAACUUGCUAAAAUUUACUGGGCUUUCAUUUUUCUUCACUAGGUUCACGUAGAAGAAAGCUUGUGGAAAACUUUGGAGGAGGAUAUGGUCCCAUCAACAUAUGCUGCAAAAUCAAACUGGUUGGAAUCCUAUAAAAAUUUAAAUGCCUUGAAGAAGUCAAAUGAGGCCUCCAUUUGUGUGAUCGGAGGUAAGGACCAUUAUGCAGCUGCUGAUUGGAUCUAUCGCUUGCAUUUUAAUCUCUAACAAGUUGUCAAUAUUCUUUAAUUUAUUGCCUGAAAAUAAUGCUAGACCUUCAAGUUGCUUGUAUGAUUUUUGGUUUUAAGUCACAUCUUUAAUGCUUUAGGCAGGGAAGCAUAAGCGUAUAACAACUUAUGCGUCUGUUUACCGUUUCAGCAAUUGUGUGCAUAUUUUCUGCAAUUAUACAGUGCAUGUACUUAAUUGCUCAAUACUGUUAAGUCCUCUUUUUUUGCUAUCCCAACUUAAUAUGGUUUUUAGUGAACAUAUCGAUCUCACUCUGUCGUGUUUACUGUCCACUUUGGAGGAAAAUGUUGUUUAUUAUCUAUAGAAGAUUUGAAUCUGAUCUGGUGCGCUAACAGGUAACUUACAAAGGAAGCGGGGCCUGGUAUUUGUAUCAUACCCCUGGAAGUUUCUAGACCUACAAAAAACUAGACAAUAUAUUUGACACAUCCCGACACCAUUAUCCUUAAAAGAAGUCCUAUAGAAUUUUAUGCUAAUUAGACAAUUCUGUAUUUCACCUAGGUGAGCCCACAAUACUGAAAAUGCUACAGAUUUUCUAGCUUAACUCAUUUGAAAAGAUCUCAAUUUAGAUGCUUGUGUAAGGCAGUGUUCUGUAAUUAACUACUAAUAGUUCUCAAUUUAUAUGAGCUUCCAACAUCGUUCACGAGUAUGACGUGGCUGCCUACGAUGAGUGCACCACAAAUAUCCUUAUAGUCACGAUUCUGGGCAUUCAAUUGUCCAGUUUUGUCACUAUAGCAGCUUGUGCUCCCUCCACAUUUGUGGCUGAAUUAUUGGCACCAUCGAGCUGUCUUUGCUUUUUGGUUCCAGUGCCAAGCCUUCCCUGAUUUUCUCUCCUCGAAUCAGUGCCACUACUGCAUUAAAUCAGUGCCACUCUAUCUUGAUCAAUGAAAUCCUUCAGAAUAGCUGCAUCCUCAGGACGUUUGGUUUUAGUCACCAUAUAAUGCUUUAGUUCUUGCCAUAACACGUUCAACUGAUUACCAUAUUCCACAACUGUUUUGCAUCCCUGUUUUGCAGCAAUUGUCUUCACCUUAAAUCCACAGACUUGAGCCGUGUCUCUGGCUUUAAUAAGUCUGUUGGAUUACAUCCCAGAUAUCCUUAGUCCGUAGCCAAGAGCAUACGUGUGUUGCUAUCUCAGGUGUCAUAGAAUUCCAUAACUAUGCCAUAGUCAUGGAAUCUGCUUUAUCCCACGCCUUGAACCGAGGAUCCCCUGGUUUCAGCAUUGUACCUGUGAGAUGGUUGAUCUUCCAUUUUCCUUUCAGCACAGUGCGAAGUAGUUGGGACUACUUUAGGUAAUUUUUUCCAUCCAGCCCCUCUGCAACUCUCUGCAUUGUUGAAAUGGUACGAACUCUUUGGAUUGUGUUGUAGCAGUCAUCUUUAUGCCUCCAACUUCCGUAAGGCAUGAGAUGGUACAGACGGCAGUCUGAAAUCUGGAAAAGGACGAUGAAGAUAAAUCCUAAACAGUCGUGAACCCCUGUUGACACGAAUGCAAAAAACCUAGAGCUCCCCAAGUAUAUCUGCUGAUCCGCGAGUCUGAAAAAGGGGACCCGGCCUGUUCCACAUAUCACUGAGAUAUCCAAGAAUGACUGCCAAAACAGGAUACAUCGAGGGCAGACGAUUCUUCCUCGAAUUGGAACAAGAUCAGAUACAGAUGAAGAUCUUGGUUGCUGCCUCCAGGUUGACAGAGAGCAGAGGAUGCGGAGGAUGAAGACUAUGGAAAAAAUUCCAUAUUUUUACAAGCCUAAGGUUCUGAUACCGUGAUGCAAAUGAAAUGAAGAUAAAUAGUUGGGAAAUUUUUGUCUCACCAAUUCAUAGAACGGUUGGUUCUUAUAUACAAUUACCCACGCCUCAAAAAAGGAAGAAAACCUAGGUUGAAUACCACGGUUUUUUGAAUACUCAACCGAACUAGGAAAUUUACCAGCAGCCUAACCAACCCAGGAAACUGACCAACAACGUAACCAACUUAGGCUGACCAACAACAAAACCAACGUAUGAAUUUGACCAACGGAAACAAACUCUUAAUUAUACGUUUCUCUUUUCCACAAUAGACACUGCACAUUACUGACAGAGUUUACUUAUUUUAUUUUCAGGAAUUUUUAUGUUACAGUUUAAAUGUUAUUCUAGUUCUUUGAUUUUAUGGAAAAGGAACUGAUAUUUCCAGUUCAAUAGACCAAUGCAGAUUACCUUACCAUGGAACCAGAGUGGUAUGUGUAGAAAAGUCUUUCAUUAUUCUGAGCAUUUUUGUCUUUGCAGAACCAAUAAAAGUUUACUUGGAGUUUAAAAAUCCUCUCCAAAUAUCCAUAUCUUUGUCUGAUGUUUCUCUUAUAUGUGAGCUUUCUCCAAGGCCUGAUGGAACAGAACUCAGUAAGUUUAUCUCCGAAAAUGCUUUUGAAAUCGGUUUACUGGACAAGACGUAAUAAUAUCCAUAAUGUUCAUAUAUUUCAGAUGAAAAUGCAUCACCAUUUGGGGCUGAGGGAGAUGUUCAUAGUGACUCUACUGAUUAUAGGUACCAGCCCGUUUUUGCUGCAGCAUUUCACUCUGUAAAUCUCCAUAUAAUUAUCUCCUAUGGAUGCCUGUAAUAUUGUCUAUUCCCUUCUUUGAGCAUCGUCUUUGGAUUGGUCUGUGCAGGGAGCUGGAGAACGUCUAUGCAUCGUACGUUUUAUCAAGAGAAAAUUUUAUUUUAGGAGGUGGUGAGACCAGAGGAGUAAGUCUGAACGUAACAAUCUGCAUUUCCUUGGUUCUAAAUAGCCGAUAUAUUCACAUUUUUCUUCAAUCUCUCAUUCAUAGCUGUUGAAAAAGGUUACUAUGAGAACUUUCUUAAAAGGCUCAAUAAUUAUCGGUGAGGAUCAUACAGAGCACCCCUUUUGGAACAAACGAAUAUUUUUUAGAGUGAUUUUCUUGGCUAAUAUUUUUAAGGGUACUUAAUAAUGUAUGCAGUGUAAAGGCAAAUAACAAAUUUUGACAGGAAGUGACGUAACAUCCGUGUUUUCAUUUCGUUUGUAGUUAAAAAUCCGUCCUCUUUCCCUUCAUUGCAAGCAGCAGUCUCCGACGCCAAAGCCUAUACCUCCUGUGAGGAGCGGCAAUCAUCAAAGGGAUCACAGAGAUCGAAGCAUUUCUCAGUUAAAUUCGUGAGACUGGAAAUGAACGGAAGAUUGUUUAUACAUUGUCUGAAAUGUGAGAAUAAACUAACAAUGUGAGAACUGAUGAUUGCUCCCUUAUAUUUCUAUGUAAAAUAAACUAACAUUCCUUGUAGAUGACCCAGCCCAUAAAUGCUUGUGCCACAGGAAAGUAAUUCCUUCAUGUGAUGAAUGUCAGAAGCUUCUUAUUUGAUAAUAAAUUUAACCCAUCCUCUUUAGCCUUGAAUUUCUUUGUUUCUAACAUCCCAUGCUGGUUAAUGGCAAGAGGAAGAUUUCUCACAUCUUUUUUUCUUAGUCCUGUAAGUGUGGAGUCUUAUCCUUUCUUGUGCUUCUCCUAAGAUUCAUCCUUGUAUCUGUUCCAGACUUUCAUCUGUAACUGCUAUUGGAAAACAUAGGCACAGGGGGAAUGACCUUUGUCAUGGAGGAUAGAGGCGAGAAUGGCAGACAAUCGCCACAAGAUUCAUUCACCUCUAACACCUCUAAUACAGAGAGGAACCCUAGACAACUGUCCCAAAAUACUCUCAGUCCUUUAUAUUAUUUCCUUACAACUUAGAACUUUCAACAACUACAAAGCUUCAAGGUGGCUUCGUCAGACUAGACAGGGGUUUGAAGCAUAAUUAUCUUGUUCAUAAUCUGUUUAUCUUGUUCUUGAUAAUGGAAGUGCAAAGUGAGCUUGCAGCCCAUUCCACUUGAUCCUAUGUUUAACCUUUGUUUCAAACAGAAGUACGUUUAAUUCUUUCCAAUGUUAAAUCGUCUCCAAGCUCAGAUUUCAAUGCAAGAAAUCAAUCGAUAAUUUAUGGGCUCCAAUUUUGAGAAGUUUCCUAAGAGUAUUCUUAUCUUCUUUGUUGUUCGUAGGUAGCAAUAAAGCAAAAGCUGUAACAAGCACUAGAGAUUGAAUUAAUGUAUCCUAGAUUCUGUUCUGAACUCGCUUGUUCUGGUUUGCAAAAUUCGGUUGUGGCCGUGUUAAAAGGAAUAUGUUAUUAUUAAAUGCUAACUAGUCUUCAAUCUUUGAAACUGUUUGUCAAUGGCUGCAUCCGCUGUUACUUUGCAGCUUUUGGAAUCAAUACAAUUUAGAAAGUUUGUUUUGUUAAACCUUUUUGUUUGUUACAACCCUCAUGGUGUGUGGAUAUAUUAAAGCAACUAUUCCCCCUAGUUCCUAUUUUCUUAUUCUGAUGGUCGAAUAUAUUGCAUAUUCCAAUUGGCUAAGAGAGGGAAAAUCAUGAUUAAUGAACCCUUUUGAGUUGAGGAAAUUGUUUCUUCUAUGACAUUUCUACUCAUGUAGGUUUGUUGUCUCUGGCAUUUAGUUGAUCAUCAAGGAGUGGGGCAAAUGAUUUUGCUAAAUAAUUAUAUAUUCAUCGUUAUAUUAUAAAGCAGGCAUUGGAAUAGGAUCGGGAAGACUUCAUUCACGUGUUAUUUAACAAUGUUUCAUUAUGGCGAAUUCAUAUCUGUGGACCUGUCUUUUAUGCUGUCAGGUAGAACUUGAUGUUACUCCCAGAAUCCAAGGCUUACUAAAGAUCGUUGGAGUCAGGUGGGUAUUUUCAGAUUCAAUUGUGGGAUCGCACAUCUUUAACACAGAUAUAAAAAGGAAACGUGGAAAACCAAGGAGCAAUGAGGAUCAUUUCGGUUCUACCCUAUGCUUUGUUGUUGUCAAGGUUCAUAUUUCAUUUGUUUCUUUUUCUUCGUUCUCGUUUUAUUGCAAAACAUGGUCUGACUCUUGUUUCUUUACGUCCAGGGUCUACCCAAACUGGAAGGAUGUAUUCAUAAGAUGCCUCAUAAGACUUAUGCUGGUGAUUUACGGCUUGUCAUGCUUGAACUGAAAAAUCACUCAGAGUACUCUGUGAAGGUAUGUUUACAUUGAUAAUUUUUUUCUUAUUUCAUGUUUCUUUCAUGAUACUUACACUAUUUUGCAGAACUUGAAAAUGAAGAUUAGUCAUCCAAGAUUCUUAAUACCAGAAAGUUUGGGAGACUUGGAACUGAAUUUUCCAGCUUGUCUAGAAAAACAGAUUCGUUCUGAAUCCAGUGACAUCCAAGAAAAGAUAGCGUUUAACUCAUAUGAGAAAUCCAAUGGCUCGUUUUCGUUCCCAAACGUGAGACUCAGUGUUCCUGUUCUAUUAAAUCUGAAUUUUCAUCAUAUUCAUUUACCUUUUCAUAUUUUAGGGUACUAAAAUUCAGGGAGGGACAAUUUUCCACUGGCCUCUUUGGCUUCAUGCUGGAGUUGCUGGAAAUCUAUCACAGUAUAUAUCAGUGUAUUAUGAAAUGGAAAAUCAUUCCGGUGACAUGACCUACCGCACACUUCGGAUGCACUAUCACAUUGAGGUAAUGGCAUAUACUGCGAAGUGACGGAUUACUUAUUGCCAGUAAUGCUACUAUAUUAACAUGCUCGAAAAAUUAUUUUAGUAAUGUAUCAUUUACUAGUUUUACAUACUCUUAGAUAAACUGUGCCAUUUUUCUGAUCUUCUCGUGGUUCUAUUCAAAUUUCCUAAAUCUUUGCAGCAUCAUUGGAUGUUAAUAUUUUUUUCAUACUGAUUGCUCAAAUUUGUCAAAUGAGCAGUUAUGCUGUUACAGUCUUUAAGUUAUCUUCCCUUAUCCAACAUACUUCGUUAUAAUUUCUUGGUAACGCUUAGAUAACCUUUAUGUUGACCGUAAUGUCUUUCCUGAAUGAAAUUUUUAGGAAUCCUCCAAGAUCUGGCAUUCAGUGAUCAGAACAGCUGUGCUCGUUCUAUUCCUUUUUACUCAGUAUGCUGGGUUCAUGUCAUCGCUAUGACUCAACAAGAAGGCAGAAAUUUUCAGUCAGUUUUCGAUGGUUUAAAACAAAAUAUUUUGAUUCCCUUGAUCAAGAAUAACUUUGAAAUUUUAUGGCAGUGUGUAUGCGCAAUGGAUUUUUUAAAAAGGAAAAGGGAAAUUAGUUGUUUCAAGACAUCCUGUUUACAGAAAGUCCCAUGAUCAAAUUUAUUGCAGUCUUAGAAGCCUGCAGAGAUUCCAAUUAUUUUCUGGGGUUUAUGUCAAAAUACCUACUAAAUUAUGUUCUCUGUGGAUUAGUAAUAAAUGAUGAUUGAGAAGUAUAAACCAAGAGCAAUAGAAAUGUUUAUCUCGAGACACUAUGUAAUUAUAAAUGAGACACUACUUUUAUGUUGUUUUUGUCAAAUUCCAGGCUUACUCGACUCUCCCAUUGUGCAUUAUCCAGUAGGUUUCUUUUAAAUUGACACAUACUAAGGUAUCUGUCAGACCUUAUACAAUCUGUUGUCGUUAUUAAAUUAACUUCCCAACCUUCUAGCCUUGCUCAAUUAGUUUUGUUCAAAGGACUAUAUAAAACACAACCUUUUGAAUGCUUGAUAGAAUUUAUGAUGCAUACACAAUGAAAGACUUGUGUCUAUAAUUUCUGCUUAGUUGACUCGUAUAAAUAAUGACUGCUUCUACACUUGUCAUCCCUUACCUCUCAGGUGUCGACACUUUUGGACUUGGUCUUUAUCCUUGUGCGAAUCUAUCUAACAGAUCAGCAACUAUGAUUAAUAAGAUUUCAGAGAAAUACGAUUAAAAAUGUAUUUUGGGUUCAUUAAUACAAGUCUUAUAUAAUAUAAUUUCAGACACAACAACCUCUCCUAUAUAUGAUUAAUAUUUUUUGCCGCAUUAAAAUUGAUGUUAAUAAGAUCUUAAUGGACCAUUAAAACCCAACUCUAUAUAAAGUUCACUCUUUCUUUCGCUUCUUCACACUGUCUGAAGUAUUUUCACUAUUGAUAUUAUUUUACAUUUUUAUACAGUAUUUGACUUUAUUUUGAAAACUAAUAGAAGACUUUAUACCUCUUUGAUAAUCCUUCCAGAAUUUUGACCAUUUCUACCUUGGUUGCCAUUGAACCGAAUGGAUUUUUUUUCUUCAAAGGAUACUUUCUCUUAAAUUCGUAUGCUUCUUUUUUAUUAACAUGGAUGCAACUAAUGAUAUCCGCUUUUGUCUAUUUUUACAUGUUAUCACAUUAAGUUAAUUGGAUUUUAUAACAGGUAUUGCCAUCCUUGAACAUAUCAAUGUCGAUCACUCCUUACCCUACAAAAUUUGAAGAGUUUCUUCUGCGCAUGGAUAUUGUGAAUCGCACACAUACAGAGAAUUUCUGGCUUCGUCAACUGUCGGUUGUUAGUUCUGACUGGGAUAUUUCAACACUGUCAUCAUAUGCAUCCGGCCAUCUCUCCCAAUUAUUACCUGCAGGGCAAUCGUUGGUCUGUUUCUUUAAGCUGAAGGUUUGAAAUGCCACAUUUUGCUUUACAAAGGUUAAAUGCAUAUAGGAUCUUCUACAUUAUGUGCUAGUCACAAAAAAAUUCUUAGUAUUGCGCAGCAUACUCUUUCUUAACAUCUAUGAAUUUUAUGGUUAACUUUCAGACUUAAAGAUCAAUUAAAUGUAUGAAAACAAGUUCUUUUUUUCUGCACACUAGAUAAGAACUGAUUCAUGCGUUAUUUUGACUUUUAUUCAUAUUGAAAGUGUUUUCAUGUUUUCUUCGCACAUCUCGAAUUCCAAAUUGUAGAUGCAGCUUUGGAGAUGGGAGUAUUUUUGUUCGUUUUUCUUAUUAUAUGUUGUCUCCUAUCUUACACAUUCUAUUAUGCAUGUUCGUUUAGGGGGUCAGUGAAAUCAAUCUAUUGCCCAUCCAAGGAAGUGAUUCCCGAGUAGGGUCUGAGGACACUGCCAAAGGACUACUUGAUACUUUUAAAUCACCUCUAAUCGAUUUUCACCAUCAUGAAAGGCGUCAUCAAGAAAAUUCUGGUCAGGUCAGAUGUUUACUCCGUUUGUGAGCAGUUUACUUUCUUUUAGAUAUGAAGUAUUGGUGCCAAAGCUUUGAUGUACCUGUGGUUUGAUCUCUCACAUAGACUAUUUUCCUUGGGCAUCUCUAUGAAUGGCAAAAUAUAGGAUAGGUUUGCAAGAUGUUUGCGAAAGGUUUCUUCUCCUUUUUAAUACGACUAGCUUUUGAUAAGAUAGGACUUUAUAAACACCAUUGAAUUGAAAGUGUCACUUAGAACAUGUGCUCAAUAGGGACAGUAUCUAAAAAAUCUCUUUAUCAUUUAGGGCAUGUGCUCAAUAGAAUCACAGAAAUACAAUCCUAAGGAUGUAUCAAAAGUAAUGAUUACCCCAAAGUGUACGUGAUCGGACUGGAGCACAAUAAAAGGUCUUUCAACGGAUUUAUUCACUAACUUCUAUAUGACAAAAGCACUAAGCAAGUACCAUCCACGACAAAAAAAUGGCAACCCUUCAGAAAGAAAAUUAUUAUAUUCCAGUUGGGCACAGCCUUUGAAAUAUCCUUUGCAUACUUAUGAGUCAGUCCAUGAAACUUGCUUGCAUUUAAAAAAGACUAAAGAAAGGGUCUUCCCCGCCUAGGAAGGAGGAAAUUUUGUUCUUUUUAUAUGCUGUUCCAUACUACUGGUUCGGCCCCUGUUGUGUUAUAAAUAUUGCCUUUCACACAGCAUCGGCCUCUGAGUGGUUGGCUUGUAAUUCUUUUCUAUUUCUAAUCCUUACUGGAAUGAUGAAAAGAUUGGUUUGAUUUGCUGACAUCGUCAUCAUUUAAUAUUACUUUAGUUCGAGGUAAUUAGAAGUUGAUCAUUUGCUCUACGUAAUGGCCACGGUAGCUGGUGACGAGGGAUGUGGAUUGCUACCGUGGGUCUUGAAACAAGAGAACGUUAAAUAACACUAAAGGGUCUUCCCAACCCAGUGCUUCAAUCAUCAUUUAAUAAUUCGGCUGAUUUGUAUUUUCAACAGGAAAAUAAAUGCCGGCACUUGCCAAGUUCCCAUUCGAUUUCCAGGAGGAAUUUAACAUUGACAAAAGAUUGGUCUCAUAUCUGUUUAGCCGUUUCGGACCGAAGAAAGUCUGUCACAAAGGAAGAACCAAAGGUGAUGAGGAAAGGAAAGAAAGGGGAACAACAUAGGAAAUGAGAAAGAAGACGCUCCAUUCAAUAGAUAGCCAAGAAUACACAAGGGAACUUUAGAACUUCACCCUGCGAUUUUUCAUUUAUCAAAUACUGAGGAGACCUAACUUAUUCCACAUCAGUAGAGGCCUUCAAUCUCGCAGUUUUAAGCGAGUGCUAGGAACAUAGAUUUCAGGGCUUAGUAGUCACCAGGGAACAAUGAUCAGGGUAGGAUUUCAAGGUUGUCUAUGGUGGAGCCAUCUCAAAACCGUAGCUGAGCUUAUCUCAUCUUAACUAGGCAAUCAAUUGUUUCUCUCUCUUCUUUCCGAUCUCUGUUUCUUUAACUAAAUGUUAUUCUCAUGGACCAGGGAUGUCCGAGUACUGCCGACUUCAUCUUGAUCUCACAGCUGGUUAAUUCCGAUCCAGAUGAGCUCCCUCAGCUAUUUUCUCAUCACUCCUGUCACUGCAGGCAAGCUCGUUUCCUAGUGUGAUACAAAGUCACUUGAUGCCUAAAUCUUGUCUUCUCGCUUGUCCUUUAACUUUCUCUUUCAAUGCCUGUGUUUAGAACUGCGAGCAAGGACCCAGUAUUGUGGCUGCUGUGUGGCCCUCACGCCAUAACCCACGACUUUGGUUCGUCCUUCUGUGAGGCUGAUCUUGUGAUGAGACUACACAACUCUUCCACAACAGCCGCCUCCGUGAAGGUUGUGAUUCCUGACGGCAUGCCGGCACUGUUGGGCGAAUCGAGCGACGACUUUGCGUCUUCCAAUCGUGGCCAAGGAGGCUGGCAAGAUGUUCCUCUGGCGAGUGAUCCCCUCACCUCUGCUCUGGAGGGAGCACGUCCCAAGAUGCCGCAGUCAGGAAGCGACGGGCAGCCUUUUGCUUGGUGCAGAUCGAGCUCCAGUCACCUGGUCUUAGAGCCGAUGUCGACUGUGGAGGUGCCCGUGAGGGUUUGCAUAUUCUCAGCUGGGGUGCACGACCUUUCAAACUUCGAGUUGCACUGGUCAUUGCGUGCGGGAGAGACUGACCCAGGCACCGAAGACAGGAGGAGGAGCCUCUCGGGCAUGAGCCGAGCUCGCCCCUUCUACUUAACCGCACUCCAAACAGUCAAUUGA